AUUAAAUACAAAGAGCAAGUAUUACUUGAUAAAAGACGGCGCGUACCAAUAUUAAUUGUCGCCUGUCUCGAAAUCACCUCGGGGGAAAGUGGAUUUAGUGUUGAAGGCUCUAUAUCAAUUUUUUCUUCAGCUGCAGCUGC